AUGCGUCCACUCGUUCUUUUGAUUCUCGCUGUCCAAGCGCGCCACUCCUUUGCUGCCCCAGCCCUCUCUACGGCUGUGGCCCAUACUCCGACAGCCACCAUCAGCAUCCCGGUAUCCAGCUCGGCCUCUAGGCCUUCAGUUGCCCUAACAGAGACCGUUAACGCGCCGGCUUCGAGCGGGAUCCCCUCGUCUAUAGUCGGCGCAUCUCUUCCUACGGCUACGGUCACCGUCGACUUGGACAAUGCCACGGUCGUGGGAGUGACAGACGGGACGGCCAACUGGUUCCUGGGGUUACCCUUCGCUCAACCCCCGGUCGACGAUCUCCGCUUCGAACCUCCCCAGGCUAACAGUCCGUACCAAGGGAUACUCAAUGCGACCUACUGGGGUAACCAGUGCAUCAACACGCUUGAGGUCAACACCCCCUCGUGGAUCACUCCGGCCAUGGAAGACUACUUCACCACUCUCACGCAUCUAGCUAAUGCUCCUUACGACGAGGACUGUCUCAACCUCAAUGUCAUCCUCCCCGCCAGUGUAACGGAAGGAGCUAUGCUUCCCGUCGUUGCUUAUAUUUUCUUUGGCGCCUUCCUGUUUGGCGACAGUGCCGAUGUCGACGGGAGCACCAUCGUAAAGCGGUCGAUAGACAUGGGACAACCAGUCAUCUUCGUGUCGAUGAACCACAGUAUAUUGGUGCUCACUAUGAAAGUAGCGUACGGCUUCCUUUCGGGAAAGGAAGUUAUGGAUGCAAAGGCAGGCAAUGUUGGGCUGCAGGAUCAACGUGAGGCCCUCCGCUGGAUUCAGAAGUACAUACCGGCUUUUGGCGGCGAUCCUAAGAGGGUGACGCUUCUCGGGUUCAGUUCCGGGGCAGUCUCCGCAGGGCUUCAGAUGGUCGCAAACGGUGGCGACACGGAGGGUCUCUUUCACGGGGUGUGGGCGGAAUCCGGUGCAAUCCAGUCCGCGGGGUGGUUGGAUCAGCCUCCAGCGCAGAAGGCGUACGACGACUUUGUUACGGGCUUAAAUUGCUCAAGCGCUGCGGACACGUUCGCCUGCAUAAAAAAGGCGCCGACUGAUGCGGUGACGAAGCAUGGCAUGGCGUAUCCACAUUGGCAGCCCCACACGGAUGGAGUAUUUAUCAGAAGCCUACCUCAGCAAGCAUUGGUCAGUGGCAACGUCUCUAGGAUUCCUAUCGUUGCAGGAAAUGCGGAAGAUGAAGGCACCUCCUUCACGCUUGGCUUUCCGGACCUGAGCACGACGGCGGACGUGGAGGCGAUGAUCAGGACGGGCUACUACCCGAAUAUCACCGACGAGGACAUGGACCACCUUUUACGCCUAUACCCCGACGACCCUUCCCAAGGGGCACCAUAUAACACUGGCAAGGAUUUCCAAGUCACUCCUCAGUGGAAGCGAGCGGCAUCUUUCCUCGGGGAUGUGGGAGUCGUUAGUGUCCGGAAAUUCUUCACCAAGCACCUAGCUGCGCUCAACAGUCCCGUGUGGGCGUACUACUACAAGCGCAACUCUAUCCCAGGGCUUGGUUCGACGCAUGGGUCCGAGCUCGCGAACAUGUAUGGGCCAGGUGACAUGACGGACUUCCUCGUCAACUUCGUGAACAGAUUCGAUCCGAACAAGAAUGUCACAUCGCUGAUCCACUGGGAAAAGUACCGGACGGGCGACCCGGUCCUGCUCGACUUCUAUGGGAACGAUUCGCUUCGGCUCACCUCGGACACGUACCGCGAGGAGGCCCUCAAUCUCGUUAUGAAGCUUAGCCUCGAGCAGCCACUGCCAUUCUGA